AUGCGUGUCGUCGCGGAGCUGGAAAGAACACGAGCAGCCCUUCUCAUCCGCCCCCAACCUUCGACCGACCUAGAAUUCGACCGCGUCGUGAUUUACACCACCUGCCUCCGUGUGGUCCGGACGACCUUCGAAAGGUGCGAACUGGUUAGAAAGAUCUUCCAAAACCACAGGGUGAAAUUCGAAGAGAAAAACAUAGCCCUGAACGGCGAGUACGGGAAAGAGCUGGACGAGCGCUGUCGGCGAGUUUCCGAAGCCCCUUCCCUCCCCGUGGUGUUCAUCGAUGGCCAUUACCUUGGGGGUGCUGAGAAAAUUUUGUCAAUGAAUGAAUCAGGAGAGCUGCAAGACCUCUUAACCAAAAUUGAGAGAGUGCAGCAGCCGCACGAGUGCCCGUCCUGCGGUGGCUUUGGCUUCCUGCCCUGCGCCGUGUGCCACGGGAGCAAGAUGUCCGUGUUCCGAAACUGCUUCACAGACUCUUUCAAAGCCCUGAAGUGCACGGCUUGCAACGAGAAUGGCCUUCAGCGCUGUAAGAACUGCACCGGUUAGUCGCAGCUUCUCCCCAGCAA